UUCACACAUUAGCUGUUCUUCCUGUUUUUUGGUCCGCACAGAGGGAAGCAUGUCUGGAACUGGGGGUGGGAAGCGGCCCUCAGGAGGGGACAGUCCCCCGGGCCCACCUGAAAAAAAGACCAAAAAAGAGGAGAAAACUACUACAACUCUCAUAGAGCCCAUUCGCAUCGGAGGAGUUUCUUCCACGGAGGAGAUGGACAUGAAGGUCAUUCAGUUCAAGAACAAGAAGCUCUAUGAGCGCCUUGAACAGAGGCAGGCUUUGGAGGAUGAAUUGAGGGAGAAGAUUGAGAAGCUGGAGAAGAGGCAGGCCACCGAUGACACCACCCUGCUGAUCGUCAACCGCUGCUGGACUCAGCUGGAAGAAAAUAUUCAUGACCUGUUGCAGCUGGUGGAGCCUAAAGAAACCUCAGCACCUGUCCAGACUCCUGCCACACCUCCUGUCCCUGCAGAUGCGUCUCUCCCUGCUGCUCCUGCCCCAUCACCAGCCCCUGAACCCUCUACUCCUUUACCAGCUCCAGUGGAGGGAGAGGACGGCCUCCCCCAGCCUCCAUCUACAGCUGAGGGGGUGGAGGAGGAACAGAAACAGCCAGAGCAGGUGAAGGAACAGGAGCAGGCUCAGCAACCGCUUGAGACCGAGGAGAAACCACCUGAGAAACCAGUGAAGGAUGGCAUUUCCGCCCCUCCACCUCCUCUCAGUGAAAGUGCUAAGGCUUUCCUGGCUACUCUGGAUAACAGUAGUGAAGAGGAACUCACUCUGCAGCUGCAGGAUAGAAUGCAGUUCAGCAAGGGGGCCGUAGCCUGCAUGGUCUGCAUCUUUGACCGUCUGCACAGUAGCAUUGAGGAGCUGUGCGCUAGAGUAGAAUCAGCAGUUUGUGAGGAUGACAGUCAGCGAGAGAUAAUCGCCACAAACCGCAAACUUCUGGAGGAAAACAAUCGGCUACAAGACCUUGCUUCUUCUCUUCAGGGGAGACACCAUAAAAUGUCAUUGGAGUAUAAUGAACUAGUGGACAAAGUUACAAGUUCUGAGACUAAAGUGUCUGAGAUGGAGACUGCUGUGGAGGACCUGCAGUGGGACAUCGAGAAACUUCGUAAGAGAGAGCAGAAGCUGAAUAAACAUCUAGCAGAAGCUCUGGAGCAGCUUAAUUCAGGUUAUCAUGCCACUGGCAGUUCUGGCGGAUUACCUGGUGGUCAAAUCACACUUACUAUACAAAAGUUUGAGUCUCUGAAUGCAGAGCUGGAGCAGAAUCAGGAGCUGGCCAAUAGCCGUAUGUUAGAGCUUGAGAAACUACAGCAAGAGCUACAGGAAGCUGUUCGGGAGAGUGAAAAGCUAAAGAUGGAUCUUAGAAACAUACCUGAGGAUGUCUUAAAGGAGACACCUGAGUACAAGUGCCUCCAAUCACAAUUCUCUCUGCUGUACAACGAAUCUCUGAGUGUAAAGACCCAGCUGGAUGAAGCUAGAGCUCUACUGCUCACUGCCAAAAAUGCUCAUCUGCGGCAGAUAGAGCACAUGGAGAGUGAUGAGUUGUCUCUUCAGAAAAAGUUACGAACCGAGGUCAUACAGCUAGAAGACACACUGGCGCAGGUCCGAAAGGAAUACGAAAUGCUUCGGAUUGAGUUCGAACAGAACCUCGCAGCCAAUGAGCAAGCAGGCCCAAUAAACAGAGAGAUGAGACACUUAAUCAGCAGUCUGCAGAACCACAAUCACCAGCUUAAAGGGGAUGUGCAGAGAUAUAAGAGGAAGUUACGUGAGACACAGAUGGAAAUUAACAAGUUGAAGUGCCAGAGCGGAGAUGCAGGCGCGCUGCUGUUAGACGAAAGCGUGGGUGAUGGAGGACUGGAGGUUAAGAAGGAAGAAGACGAAGACCAGGAUGAGGAAGAAGAGAGGAGGAGAGAGUUGGAGAGGCAGCGAGCUCGGGAGAGAGAGAGGGAGGCUGAGCGAGAGAGGGAGAGAGAAAGAGAGCGCGAGAGACAGCGCACUGAGGAGAUGAAAAGGAAAGACUCUGAUACGCUGAAGAUGCUCAGAGCAGAGCUCAAAAAAGCUCAAGAGUCUCAGAAGGAAAUGAAACUGUUGCUAGACAUGUACAAAUCGGCUCCAAAAGAGCAGAGGGACAAAGUGCAACUCAUGGCGGCAGAAAAGAAGUCCAAAGCGGAGGUGGACGAGUUGAGGCAGAGAGUGCGAGAACUAGAGGAAAGAGAAAAAAAGGAGAGCAAGAAACUUGCAGAUGAAGAUGCCCUCCGCAAGAUACGCGUGGCUGAGGAGACCAUCGAACACUUGCAGAAGAAACUGGCUGCUACGAAACAGGAGGAAGAAGCUCUGCUGAGUGAAAUGGACGUAACGGGACAAGCGUUUGAAGACAUGCAGGAGCAGAACAGCAGGCUCAUGCAGCAGCUCCGAGAGAAAGAUGAUGCCAACUUCAAGCUCAUGAGCGAACGAAUCAAAUCCAACCAAAUUUACAAGCUACUGCGGGAGGAGAAGGAAGAGCUUGCAGAUCAGGUGCUCACGUUCAAGACCCAGGUGGACGCGCAGCUGCUGGUUGUGCAGAAACUAGAGGAAAAAGAGGGCGUCCUGCAGAGCACGUUGGCUGCUUUGGAGAAGGAGCUUGGACUGCGCACCCAAGCGCUAGAACUCAACAAACGCAAGGCGGUGGAGGCAGCCCAGUUGGCAGAAGACCUUAAAGUGCAGCUGGAGCACACUCAGACCAAGUUGAGGGAGAUCCAAGCCUCAGUGUUAGACAACCGUACGGCCCGUGAGAGGGAGAGUGCCAACCUUAAAAGGGCACAGGAGGACUUGUCCAGACUGCGGCGUAAGCUAGAGAAGCAGAAGAAGGUCGAGGUAUACACAGAUGCUGAUGAGAUCCUGCAAGAAGAAAUCAAUCAGUAUAAGGCUAAACUGCGGUGUCCUUGCUGUAACACCCGGGACAAGGAGACCGUCCUCACCAAGUGUUUCCACGUCUUCUGCUACGAAUGCUUGAAGACCCGUUACGACACCCGCCAGAGGAAGUGCCCCAAAUGCAACGCCGCUUUCGGUGCAAAUGACUUCCACCGCAUCUACAUCACCUAAUUUAGGAAGAACUACGAGAUGGACUCUGAAUCCAGUGAGAACGGACAGGAUGAAAGUGGACUACGAAGCACAGUGUCACCAUGCUGUGGUAUUUUAAUAUGCUCUGAAGUGCCACUUUCACUCGCAUCUGUGAGAGGUGCCGCUGAUGACCAAACAGACAGUGACGGAAUGGAAACAGUUGUGAUGAAGUAACCGUGAAAGUAGUCAUGGUCUAUAGCACACAAGCAGUGCUGCUUCAUUGCAGAAAAAUGCAUUGAGGUUCGUCUCUCUUGCUGUGUUCUGUGAAGUUUUACAAUGUAUUUUCUUUUUAAUUUCAUUUUUUGAACAUCAACCAUAAAGCAGGAAAGGUUACCAAGUAUCAUAAGCAUCAUAACUGCAGCUAAUAUGACAAACACCUUCACGGGGUUUCACUGAAUAUGUUUUGACCAUUUUUAAGCCUGUUUUCCUUUGAGUCAUACAGUAACUCUAUCUGGUAAUAAUCAGAGCCUGUUAACACAGUGACGUUACUGAACCCCUUUUACAUACUUAAUGAACAGAUGUGACGGUAAAGUAUCUCUAUCCAGUAAUGAUGAGACUGGUUUCUAUGGUGACAUUCAGUGGUACUCAACCCCCCCUUAUUAUGACCAAUAAACACACGUGAGAUGCAGGGAGAUGCAGAAUUUGAAACAUGGAUUGUGGUGCAGUGAUUUCUUUUUUGUUUUUAUGCAAACUGGGAUCAACUUUGGAGUUUACAGUCACAAAUGAUGUAGCUAUAGUAAUGAAAUGUGUAUAUUCAUACAAUAAAUAACCAUAUAUACCUGUGUUAGUUGGAUGCUAAUCAUGAAACUGUGCAAAUACCAGAUAUUUCACUGAGAAUAGUAGAUCAAAACCAAGUAGUUUCUGGCAUUUUCAUAAACUUGGUUCUCUGAUUUGAUGUCAAGCAGAAAUCAAAAACAUUAAGUUGCGCAGUGUGCUUAAGCAAUUGUUUCUCAUCCGUCUAUUCCCUUGUUGAAACUUUUGUGUUGUUUGUUUAAACAUAUUGUGACGCGAAAUCAUGAGUUUUAAUUCUAAUGAGCUGUUCAUGUUGAUCUUGUUGUUGUACAGAGUGCUUUCCAAGUGUAAACCCUGACAUUUUACACUCCUCGUGCUGUCUGCCAAUACAACCCUGAGAAACAUU